AGGUGUGUAAAAAAUGAGCCUUAAAUCCUUUCAAUGCUGUGACUUGUAGAAUAACCAUCGUACAAGGAACAGACGAGUCAAGGUUUCCAGAGUAUAGAACUCUGUCAGACCAUUGCUAGCGUCUGCAAUCCUUCAGUCGUGAUGAUGCUUCGUUGAACCUGAACUACCUACCCUACUCAAACUGGCCUCAUCUAACCUAACCUGAACCAAACUCCCAGUGACUGCAAAAACUCAGCAGCUAGACUUCAAACACAAUUCUCACCAUAAAAACCUAAUUAGGCUAUUAUCAGAAACGGAUAUAGCCUACUAUUUCUCUGUAGAGUUGAUCUCAGCUAUUGUAAUCUCUACAGUAGGUCUACCUACACAGUUUGAAGCUAAAGCAUAACCUCACUCCUCAAAUUCAAAUUUCAUGUUUGUUAAAUUUGUAAACUAACUUGAUCCUUAUCUCCAGUUCAAAUGUCUUUGUACUUUUAACUUUAAAACAAAUCCUGAACUUCAAUUCAGACCUAACCUAGCCUUAACUUUAGUUUAAACCCCGUCUGCUUUGAAAUUGAAACCUAACCUAGAGUAACCUGAAGUUGUUUUCAAACGUUGAAAGUAGACUAUUGUUAACUUUAAAGCUGAAACUCGAGCAACCCUAACCUAAACAUUACUUUUCAACUAAAAUAAGCUUUGAAACUUUAAUUAAACCAAACUUAAAGUCCAGUUUACUUCAAUUCAACCUUAACUUUAGCUCAAACAUCUAUUUACCUAGUAAGUUUGUGAAACUGAAAUUAAACCUAACCUAAACUACAGUUCACUUUAAUUCAACCGUAACUUCAGUUCAAACACCAAUUUACAUAGUAAGUUUUGAAACUGAAAUUAAACCUAACCUAAACUUCUGUUUACCUUACUUCAACCUAAACUUUACAUCAACUUGGAUACUGAAAUAAAACCUUCACUAAACUCCAGUUUACUAAACUUGAAAUACACAUCAGUAUUUGAAGUUAUAGCUGAGACUCGACCUAACCUAUACAUAAACUACUAACCUAACAUCAACGAAUUAUUAUCCCAACUCUUUAAUAUACAUUUCAAACCUCAAAUGAUCUCCCAACUUUAAGUCGACAAGAUGACGUCAAAAUCGAAAGAGAAAAUGGCAGCCGCCUUCCGUAAGCUGUUCCACACUGGUGACAAGCACGGGGGCGGAGGCGGUGAUAAGACAGGGGCAGUUGCCGCCCCCGGCUCGCCCGCGGGGGCCGCUCGCCGCCUCCUGGGUCGCCAUGGGUGGGACCACGUGGUUUCGCCUGCCGCCUCCGAUAAGGGCGGCAACGGCCCCUCUAACGGCGGGGGCAGUGGAGGCGGAAGCGGAGGCGGAGGAUUCUUUAAGAAGAAGAGUUCGUCUAGCUCCACUGCGCUACCUACUGCUAAUGCGGAAAACUCGCUACGCGUGCGCACAAGACGUCUGAUGAAGGAGCUGAAGGACAUCCAGCGAAGUUCUGACCGUACCGACCAUAUAUUCACCGUAGAACUUAUCAAUGAUAAUCUCUUCGAGUGGCACAUCAGGUUGUACCGGAUCGACGCCGAAAGCGACCUGGCCGCUGACAUGCGCGAGCUUGGCGUCGCGUGCAUUUCGCUGCACUUGCUCUUCCCCGACAACUUCCCGUUCGAGCCGCCGUUCAUGCGCGUCGUGUCGCCGCGCAUCGAGAAGGGAUUCGUGAUGGAGGGAGGAGCCAUCUGCAUGGAAUUGCUCACACCGCGAGGCUGGGCCAGCGCAUACACUGUCGAAGCAAUAGUCAUGCAGUUUGCUGCCAGCCUCGUCAAGGGACAGGGAAGAAUAGCUAGGAAACCAAAAAGCGGAAGCAAAGACUUCAACCGACGACUGGCUGAGGAAUCUUUUCGGAGUUUGGUGAAAACGCACGAGAAAUACGGUUGGGUCACUCCUCCGCUGGCGGAUGGUUAACCAUUCGGCGAGUUGGCGAUUCGUCAAGAAACCAUCUGGAGAAUCGUUCGACCACCCGUCAAGUAACUAUCAGAGACACUGAUUCCUUCCAAUAAUUGUAAUUUUUGUCUUACCGUUGUUAUCAGCUGUAAUUUAACAGUCCUGUUGAUGUUUGUGUAAUAAUAUAAUUAUUAUAGUGAUUCCAUUCCAUUAUAUAUAUACAAUAUAAUAUAUGUGUAUGUA